CUAAGCCCCCCGGGCGUGCAGCGCCUCCCCUCAGCGGCCGCCAGGGCGCGCACCCCUCGGCGCUGCGCGUCGUCUCCUCCUCCCACGUCCCGGCGUCGCCCGCGCCUCUGGCUCCCGGCAGGCACCGCGCGCGGCAGGGGCCCGAGGGCCGCUGCCUGCCCUCCUCCUGCCCGAGCGGCCGCCGGGCUCACGUGACCGCCGGGCGGCCAACUGCGUUUGAAGCUGGGCUUCUCCUCCGCCCCUUCUCCGCCCCGCAGCGCUUCUGCGAGCAGAGCGAGCUAAGAUGGCGACGGUGGAACCGGAAACCACUCCCAAUCCUCAGCCUUCAGAAGAGGAGAAAACCGAGCCAGCACCUAGUCAGGAGGUUGCCAGCCCUGAGCAAUAUAUUAAGCAUCCACUACAAAACAGAUGGGCACUCUGGUUUUUUAAAAAUGACAAGAGCAAAACUUGGCAAGCAAAUCUCCGUCUUAUCUCGAAGUUUGAUACUGUUGAAGACUUUUGGGCUUUAUACAACCAUAUCCAGCUCUCUAGUAAUUUAAUGCCUGGUUGUGACUACUCGCUCUUUAAGGAUGGGAUUGAACCCAUGUGGGAAGAUGAGAAAAACAAGCGAGGAGGCCGAUGGUUAAUUACACUAAACAAACAGCAGAGACGAAGUGACCUCGAUCGCUUCUGGCUAGAGACACUGCUGUGCCUUAUUGGGGAGUCAUUUGAUGACUACAGUGAUGAUGUAUGUGGUGCUGUUGUUAAUGUUAGAGCUAAGGGUGAUAAAAUAGCAAUAUGGACGACUGAAUGUGAAAACAGGGAUGCUGUUACGCAUAUAGGGAGAGUAUACAAGGAAAGAUUAGGACUUCCUCCAAAGAUAGUGAUUGGUUAUCAGUCCCACGCAGACACAGCUACUAAGAGCGGCUCCACCACUAAAAAUAGAUUUGUUGUUUAAGAAGACACCUUCUGAGUAUUCUUUCUUAGGAGACUGCGUCAAGCAAUCGAGAUUUGGGAGCUGAACCAAAGCCUCUUCAAAAGCAGACUGGACUACAUUUAAAUUUGAUUUCCAUCUGAGUGUUGCUAAGAUUUGUGAGAAGUCUUUAUUCGCCUUUGUCUUAUACUUCUGUGUUCAAGUUUUUUCUAUUUCGGCUGAAGUAACCAUUACCAGUCAGAACGUUAGUGCACUUCUCCCUCUGAAUCCAUAAAUGCUUUUCUGGCCCACUCUGUAGUAGCUUGAUAGAAACAUUUAAGAGGGGAAAAAAAAAUUGUUUGUCCACAGUAUUCAGAAAAGAAGUUGCAUUUCUGUCCCUGCAGGAAAUUGCUCUGUUUUACAUUUGCAUUGUAUGCAGUAACAUUUUGCUGGUUUGGAAAAGAGUAUGGUGCAUACAGUUUUCUAGCAAUCUCUCUUUUUUUUUUUUUUAAACAGCAUCAUCUUUGCUGUAACCUUUGCUGGUGGCUGCUAGAUUAAUUUAUUUGUUUUCCCUAUUUGAUAACAGUAGUGACACUUUGAUCUCAGUUGGUUUUGCUCAUGUAACGUUUGGUGAAGAAUCUGGGAAUAUGACAAAGGUGGAAUAAACAUAAAUUUUGUGCAUUCUUUUGGUAAUUUUUUGAUUUAUUUUUUUUUGUAACAUCAAAAACUUUGCUAGAAAUUUAUGCAUUUCAGUCAAAUCAGUGAUCUUUGUGUGAUUUCCUAAACAUAGUUGUGGAUUUUUUAAUGUAACACCGUAAUUUACAUUCCUUACUAGAAAUAGUAUGUCUGUUUUUUUUUAUCUUAAGCUGUAUUUUAACACUUUGUAUUACUUAGGUUAUUUUGCUUUGGUUAAAAUGGCUCAACUAGAAAAGCGGUCCCAUUCAUAUUAAGACAGUGUACAAACCUGUAAAUAAAAUGUGUACAGUGAAUUGUCUUUUAGACAA